GGGAAGUCACUCCUAAAAUAAAAGAUUUGUUGUGUGUGUGUUUUUUUUUAAAAGAUUCAAAGACUUGUUUGUGUUAAGUAAUGUUAAAAAAAAACUAAUGAUAAUAUGUUAAGAUUGUUAAACCCAAGCAUGUAAACAAAUGUUCGUAAAGUGACGCUCAAAUUACUGUAAUCUGUUAGAAACAAAAUUUUAGAAAGAUGGCCUUGAGCAUAGCAAGCAGAUUUGCAACUAAGUACAGGGUUGUGUGUAUGUUAGAGAAAAGUUGUCUCCAGCUAAGUAACAGAAGGAUUGCUCCGUUUGUUUGGUCUGUUCGAUUAAAAUCUAAAGAUGCCAAACCAGAACAAACAGGUUCUGGUAAAGCUGGGACAGAACUUGAUGUGGCUAGAGAAAACCCAUACGCUGGACUGACAAUGGGACAAAAAGUGAAAGAGGCUGGGAAGGAUGUUAGCUACUUGGGAAUUUCACUUGCAGCCAUUGGAAUGUUAGGAGCAAUGUUUUACUACAUUGGGAGAGAAUUAUUUGCUGGUGACAGUUCAACUGGUGUCUAUAGUAAAGCGUUCAAAAGAUGCUCAAACGAUUCUGAGGUGAUUGUAGCUCUAGGUGAACCAAUCAAAGGUUAUGGAGAGGAGACGAGAAGGGGCAGACGUAGGCAUGUCAGUCAUGUAAUAUUUGAGCAAGAUGGAAGACAGCAUAUGAGAAUGAAGUUCUAUAUUCAAGGUUCCGAUAAGAAAGCAGAAGUUAACUUGGAAGUUGUCAAGGAUGAUUCUGGGAAAUACACGUACAGAUACCUGUUUGUGCAGAUAGAACAGUUCCCGUAUAGGACAAUAAUAUUAGAGGAUAAUAGAUAACACAUUGUAUACUAUAUUUACAAUAUGCCAUUUACAAGACAUUAUUGUAGGAAAAUAAGUGAAAUAUUACGAGUUAUGUACUAACCCAGAAUCCGAAAAUGGUAUGAAACUGUGUCGCUAUGUGUGCUAUUCAAUAUUUGUUACUGUUAUUAUGGAAGAACAUUUUUGCAGUGACUGUUGAAACAGAUGCUUUACAUAAAUACAUUGAAGUUAUAUCGGAUCUCUCAGGCCAAGGUAUAUAGUUCUUUAGUGCUUUCUUACAUUGAAGAUACACUUGAAACACUGGAGCUUCCAUUGAAAUAUCUUUAUGUCAUAAUAUGAUAAUACAGUCAAAUACUGAUCGCUCAAAGUGGCGAGGGGUAGAGCAAAAUGAUUAAGUUGUUCAGGGUACUCUAUAUAUAUAAAAUAUACAGAAAACAGCCAGGGACUACUUUAAUUUCUCUAUUCAGACUUGAUGGUUUAAUGCUGGGGCAAGCAGUGUUUCACUGUAGUUUUAUUGUUCAUUUUGAGGUAAAUUGUCGCAACAGCCAAGAACUAUAUUAAUUGCUCUAUCCAGCCUUGAUGCUGGAGUCAUCUAUGUAGUUUUAUUGUUCAUUUUGAGGUUAAUAAAUUCUUGCUUCAUAUUGAAAUUUACUGAGCUGCUUUAUCUUUAUUAGGGUAGUUCUGCAUGUUUGACAAACUGGAAGUCGUGAUGGAAAUAUCAUUUAUCCAGAUAAUAUGGAAUAAAGUUUGGAUAUGGUGUACAUAAAGAAAAAUCAUACAAUGUAUAAAUGUCAUCUUGUGUGUAUAGGCAACAUUACUUUCUAUUUAAAGAUAAUAAAUGAUAACAAGUGUUGACAUGUGAAAUAAUUUCAAAAAAAUGCCAUCAAAACUUCUUGAAAUUUACAGAACUCAUAUAUUUAAAAAAAAUAAGAACACAGAUCUAUAUUUUUUAUUUACAUUUGUAAAAAGUUUCAUGAAAAUCUACAUUGUAGAAAUAUUUCUGUUAACGAAAAUGCUAUCAAAAUUGUGAUUUUCCCAUAGACUCCCAUUAUGAAAACUUGGUUGAGGUCAAAACGUUUCAAAUCAGUGUUGCAAAAAAUAAACCACAUGACACUAUCUUUUUUAUUUGCCAGAUUUUGUAAGUAUAUUCAGGAGUUUAGAAAUAUGAAUGUUUAAUCAAAUUCUACAAAAUUGAUUCAAACAUCCAGAACUAUCUUAAUACAAAUGUUUUGUCUACCCUUUAUGUCUUAGCAGUCAUUUUUAGACUGUAACUGAUUUAGGAAGGAAUAUUGUGUUGUGUGUUCCACGUUUGCUUUAUUUUUGUGAUAUUUAAAACAGAUGUAAGAAUAUUGUUUAAUGAAUGCAGUGAUAGUGAAAUGUAAUGAAUGCUAAAAACAUUAUAGUAAUGUAUUUGAAGUUAAUACCAACAAAAUAAAUAUGUUAAACCAUCA